AUGUCGGAUUCAAGCGGCGAAGAGACAACCGGGACUACAAACGUCAAUACGAAACCACGGCAUAACAAGAUGGCAGACGCUGGAACUACGUCAUUACCACCGCCCAUACAGAUACGUAUCCCACCAUUUUGGCCUGAAAAACCGGCGAUUUGGUUUGCCCAGGUCGAAGGACAGUUCGCAAUAAUGCGUAUUACCGACGAUGCCACGAAAUUCUACCACAUAUUGGCCACACUCGACAGACAAUACGCUGCAGAGGUCGAAGACAUUUUGACCGGCCCAGCUGACUACAAAAGGCUAAAAUCGGAGCUCAUCAAGCGAUUAUCGGUGUCACGAGAGAAUAAAGUAAAACAAAUCCUGAUGCAUGAACAACUCGGAAACCGUAAGCCGUCACAAUUUCUACGGCAUUUGCAACACCUUGCCGGUCCUGACAUACCUACGGACUUCCUAAAAACGAUAUGGACGAGCCGUUUACCCACAGACCUGCAACCUAUCGUAGCAUCCCAGACAACUUUAUCUCUCGAUGCACUCGCAGAACUGGCUGACCGGGUCAAUGACAUCACGACUCCAACUCAGCAUGUCGCGGCAACCUCGUCUUCACCUAUCCACGAGUUAACACGCCAAGUGGCAGAGCUGACAAAGCAAGUGAGCGCCCUGUCAACCCAAGUCAACAACCGAUCGCGCCCUAGAGAUCGGCAACAUCAGAAACAACGAGACCGCUCUCAAUCGCACCGGUCGCAGUCCAACUACCGACGACACCCGAUCUGCUGGUACCACUACAAACACGGCAGCAAAGCCAUGAAGUGUAUCAAGCCCUGUGACUUCAAGGCGACGGGAAACACCCCAGGCAGUCAGUAA